AUGGCGCAAGCGUUUGACCACCACCGCAGAAAAAUGCACUCUCUCCUGACUCUCUUUUUGGUUGUUUCUAUUUGCAAGGUAAGACCUUUUUUACUUUCUGUUCAUUGCUGCGUUUACAAGUAUCGGCGAUCUCAGUUUUGAGUGACCGAAAUCGGUAUUUAGCAAACUCGUUUAAACUGACAAAACAAAAAAUGGGUUGAAUACAGCCGUGAAAUAUCGUAGUUCGCAAAUGCUCUGUUAAGACUAACAUCAUCUAAACGAAAAAUGUAAGCUGUAUUCUGACUUACAAACGUCUUUAGAAACGUGGUUCAACUUGCAGCUUAUCUGGAGCAUAAAACGUUAGGAUUGUAUGCAUGAACCGCAGGUGUGGUUAAACUGAUAUUAACGCCAGUAAUCUGAAAUUAUUCAGUUUUAGUCUUUUUCAGCAGUUGAAUUAACAUUGUAAAUACAGAGACCACCAUGUAUUGCUACGAUUAAAAUUUCCCAUUUUUAUGAAAUGUUUUUCGGCAAAUUGGUAAUCUUAGAAAGAAUUAACACAUCAACAACGGUAUUCAAAGGAUUAAAUAAAUACUAAACUUUUAUCCGAAGCUCACUGACGCAACAACCAAAUUAUAUUUUCGUAAGCUUGCCCCUUUUUUAUGUCCCAUAUCAUCUUCCUUUCUUGAGUUUUGGGGUAUUUGUUCGUGAAGUUAAAAAUUUGAGACACAGUUGCUGUGUUUUCUGCAUGGUUCGGAUCAAUUUUCGUGUCUAAAUUAUUCAUUGUGUUAAAAGCAACUUACAGCAUCAGUAAAAAAGACUCAACGUGAAGUUCACUACGCGUGACUUCUUAAUUAUCUAGUAGGUAUGUUUUCGUAAUUGAUCAUCGAAUUGUUAUAUUCAGAUCCAGGUUAAGCGUCAUCGACAUCCAUCUAUCAGGAUUUUCGUUGCCGAAUUUUCUUUCACGACACCUACUUACUACUAGAUACGAAUUAUGUCUCUGGUUGGAAACACACCUCUGUGACAAAACUAGCCAGUGAUAAUUUAGCUUCCUAGCGAUUUAAGAGUCGGCAAAUAGUUUGUUUCUACCCGGCUGGUGUAUGUUUUGCUUCCCCGGUCACUUUCUAUCACAAUGUGUGACUUCUACAAGACCAGUGCAUUUCGCUGUUCAGAGGGAACAGUUAAUCAAUCUCGAGUAAAAAAGUGUAAAUCGUUUAGUUCUUCUAGCCAGAGCAAUAUGUAAAAGGUGUUCAAAGUUAUCAUGCCGGUAAAGAUAAUGGCCUGCCACUCCUUUCCGUUUUUAUUGGAGAUACACAACUAAGAAAAACCCAGAGGGAAAUAAACCAACCCAGAGACGUUUUCUUCAAGAACCCAGUGAAGGGGAUAUAGAGGGGUGUUCAGACAAACAGAUAGUAAGAGACUCCGGCUUCUAGGAGAGUUGUAAACUUCCCUUCCUUAUAAACCAAAGAUUAUCUCAUCAACGCUAGACAACCCAAUACAAUUAACGUCUCGGCCAGUUGAAAACAAAGUUGAGUCAAUAGUUUAGAGGUGCAGGGAAACAGUGUUCUGGACACUUGGACUGAAUGAUAUAAUACCGGAAAUAUUUUCUUUACUGUACGUUGCUGCGAAAAUGCUAAAAAUUUUCAGGUAGGCGAUUAAAACGGGGUGUCUACAAUACUUGCAUUUGAUAAAAACGGUCAAACUAAGGCCGACUGGUCUUGAAAACUUAUCAGCUAGAAGACGCAGUAAGCGGAAAGUGGGAUAAAUAAUAGAUUAAAAUACUGCAAAAUUACUCUAGUCUUGUUCGAAACAUAAUUAUUCACUUUUCGUUUCACACGCAACCAAAUUAAAGUUAACUAGAGGUAAAAAAAAAAAUGAAUCGAGGAGAAGCUGAUACUAUGCUGUAAAUUCAAAAGACCGGACCGUUUUGGUGAGCGAAAUGCCUAUUUCGGCUAUAGCUAAUUAGUGGCAAAAUAGCCGAAUUUAUAAUAACCGGCAAAUAAUUGCACCCACUGGUUGAAGUGAAUCCUUGAGAAAGUAGCUUGCGAAUCUCGGCAGCCGUCACCCAUCGUUCCUCGCUCCUCGCUUCUCGCAGCAAGGUACGUUUCGCGAAACUUUUAGCUGCGAGGAGCGAGGAGCGAGCAGAGAUGGCUGUAUUGUAGGCGAUUGAUCUGAGAAGGCUGAAUUUCUCCAUAAAUUAGGUUUGACAAUCUCGCGGCUCCAGUCGCGCCCAUAGCUGUUUACAACCACGCACGGCUAGUUUCCCGCGAAAAGUGUCAUAUUUCCGUGAGUCUCGUGUGUCACCGCACCGUGAAAAAAUAAAAUUGGAUGAAGUCGAACUCAGAGGCUCAUCCUUCGACCGUUUUCCUUUUUUCCUUUACGUCCAUUUUUACAAUUUUACAGCCGCUGGGAUCUGGGGAUCAUGAAAUAAAAGUUAAUGAAUUACUCGACUGAGACUGAGCAUGAAGCGAUGGGACAAAGACAGCGAAAGGGUUUAUCUUUGCGAGUGUUCUUUUUUUUUUUUUGUCGUCAUACAUCCCACAUUUAAGCAUGGACCUUGAAAAGAGUCGACGAUUAAGCGUUCUGUGGAGGAUUUGGAACUUUUCGAUGAUCAGCGCCGAAAAAGUGCCGGGAUCCUUUGAUUUUUGUCAUCACCGUGGAGUGGAUUUCGCCAGUUAAGCACCGCGUGCAAAAGCGAUGACCUUAGUAGCAACUAACGAGGAAUGCUUCACUUCCGAAAUUUGAGAAAUUGCAGUCUUCCUGUACAACUGACUUGUAUCACCAUGAGAGUUGCCUGAUAAAACUGGCACUUGAAAAGUUGACCAGAAGACAACAGUUGCUCGACAGUGAAGCUAACUCAAAAGUAAUUUGCCAACAGAGGAAUUUGUGACAUCGCGCUCCAGUCCAAAGACCCACUUAUCUCAAGAAAAACAAAAUGGCUUGUAUCUGUGCCAAAAGAAUUAUGACUGACUAACAGGACAAUUCUCAGCAGUUAAUGUAGAAGUUUAGGCUCAAUUCCUUCCUUCGAAUUCGCAUCUGUAGAUCACUUUUGUGCGAGGAAACAAUGGCUGGGCCCGGCGUUACAACAUAGCAGGGAAUCAUCACACUAGCUGACGGACAAAACAACCACAAGGACUACAAGUAUUUAUUCAGAUAAACGCAUUUCGGAAAAAAAACCUUGAAAAACUAGAAAUUUGAUUAAUAUUGAGUCAUUUAGCCGAAAUAAGAACCUUGACGCUCAAAAAAAUUGGCUAACACGCGUUUCGCACGACAAGCUAAGUCCUCAUCCACUCGUAUCCGGAAUUUUUUUUUUUGAAAAAGGACACUUUCCUGGUUUCUAUUUUUCUUCAAAAAAGUACCCAUAGAUGUACACAUAGCCUUGUCAAAUCAUUCUUGCCCAUGAACCCGAAAACCAUAAAAUGAUUAUAGCCGAAUACGAUAGCUUCCCUUACGUACAGCGUGGCUGUAAGAUGUAUGACAUCUUAUAUUCGAAGAUCCGUUUUCGGCAGUCCACAUGAAAACGAAACUCCGGCGUUUUCACAAAUCUCCACUCUGGCACCCGUUUUCAAAGUCCUGCACCCGAAAACACCGUGACAUGUGCAGGGAAGGCUAAACGGAGAAAAAAAAAUAUUCUUUUUUGAAAACACCUGAGAACGUGUCAAGGAACAUAAAGGCGGGAAGUAUUCGUUUGUUUCAUUGCGUCACUCCUGAAAGACAAUAAUUUGAAUUCAUGUACAUCACUGUAGAAUUUCAAGCGGUAAUUUGCAUGCAAUUGACUCAUUUCAAGGCGAUCUUUAAAAAAAAUCAAUUUAUUUCUCAAGCGUAAUCGUUUCUCCUUCUAAGGCCCCAGUUCAUAUGGAGAAAAUUUGUCCGGGGUAGAAGGGUCAUCCGCUAGCCUGCGUAGCUGCCGUUUUUUAUUGUUAUUAUUUUUUUGGCCGUUUUUUUUUUUUUUUUCAUUUGUGGUUCGUAAAGCAAUAGAUUCAGCCGCGUGAAUGAAGCUGAACCGAAGAUAAAAAAAAGAGCACGAUCGGGGUGGCCUUCUUCCCUCGCCCCUCCCCCAUUGUUUUCUGUUUUGACCACGGUUCAGCUUUCGCGCGGCUAUAACUCUUACUUUGCAAACCACAACUGCAAAAUAAAAAACACACCUUCAAAAAACCGACAGCUACGCAGGCCAGGUCACCCGCCUACCAUAGCUACUCCUGCCCGUGGGCAAGCAAAAUUUUUCUGCAUUUCCUUACAAAACGUGGCGAACUAUUUAUAUAAGGAACAAAAAGUUGGCUCGGCUUGAAGGUAGAUCAUGACCCGCCUAGAUGAAACCCGCCUAGCCAGGUGAGCUAAAGUUGACUCUCCAGGGGGGAAGGUGACCCUCCUACACCAGUCGACAGAUUUUUUUCCAGUUUGAAAAUUAAAAGUAUAUGUUUCAGAUUGGUCUGGAGGGAGUCAUCAAUCAGCGCUUGCCCAAUUACGUACACCGGAUUGUGAUUUCUUAAGAAAGCGAUUUCUUUAGUCAUGCUGGCAUUUCGGUUCAAUUGUGCAGUGGUGUGUCUCACCUUACAUUUUUCUUCUUUCUCCAGGCCUCAGAAUUCAGGUUUGGCCUCGAAAGAUCGACAGAUUGGCAGUUCACAGGGCGCAAAGUUCAGUUCAGUCUCACAAUAGACAUCCCUGAGUCCACCCCCCUUAGAGCCAAAAUCAAACUUCCCUCCUUUGGCGGCCCAAUAAUGCGACUCACAGAAGCUAAGUACUCUUCAGUCAGCGAGCACCUCACCUCUAGCGUCAACACAACCACAAUGACGUCCACAGCAAACGACGGUCUGAACGACAUAGCGUUCUUUGAACUCGGGAACAUAACGCGGAGCCCAUCUGUGAACAAUACUGAAAUCAAGAUCGAUUUUGAGGUGCAGCUAUUGAAUCAUGCCAAUAUUACUAAUGGAGGUGCACAGUGGGUGAGCGUGGGUGCAGAGUACAUAAAUCAGUCCGUAUGGGCAGCACAGAUGGCGAUCAAGACCAUCAACACAGCAGUCAGCAGACCAGAUUUGAAGGUUUCACUCUGGCCCGACAAUGACGGUUAUAACAUACUAUUGGGGUAUGGUAUUCUCAUUCAGAUUGUUAAUUCCCAUUUACUAAAUUUGAUUCUCCUGAUUCGAAGGAAUUUUGCCUGAAAAUCCUGGAAAUAAACUAGCCCUGAAUUCUGUAUUGUGGGGCCGGAGUAGCAAUUGUUACUGACUAGAUCGAAGUAUACUCUUCAAUUUCUUAAUUAAAAGUUAUCUCGAGUGAAAUGAUAGUUUCAUAGGUUUCUCGUGUUCUGAUAUCUAUGUACCUGCAGAAAGCGUAUUUCUAUUUACUCGGGGAUACUAGUCUUCACUUGAUAUUCAUAAAUUUUCUUCCACUCUUUUACAUCCUCUUCUGUAAAACAAUGCGUCCUCUUGUCUCUCGUGAAAUUAAAGAUCCCUAGGGGAGGGGGUACUGUGAAGUACUUACCAUUUACGUGGGGAAUCUGGAAAUUCUUGUUGGAAAAUCAAAUGUUUCGCGCCUUUUGGGAAGCUUCAGAAAACAUGGGUUUUGAUUUGAGGACAUGCAGUUUUUCUACUCUUUUUAGUCUGUUGAGCUGAUUUGGGUAUAAUUUUAGCGGGUCGUUCUCCCAUCCUUGACGUCAAAUUUUAUAGUUUUAUGUUUAUGGACAUGAUUUCCACCCGGAUGGUUUGUGUAAAUGGUAACCACUUGAGAACACAUUUAAAAUUGAUAACUAAUUGUGUUGAUAGUAUAUAAGAUCGUGAAUGGACUUACAGUACGGACACUCAAACCGGGACACUUGCAAGAAGAUUGGCCAAUCACAACGUUAGCUGAAAACAAAAGAUUCUCUCUUUUUUUUUUUUGCAAACGGACCAAUAACAUUUGAGCGCUCUUUCCUGAGAGGGCUGGGCUGGCAAGGCAAAACGGUUUUAAAGUUUCAACGGUUGCAUAGUUGAACCUUGAAUUUUAUUGGUCCGUUUGCAAAAAAAGAAAAAAAGAAAACUUAACAAUCUUGUGUUUUCAGAAAUCGUUGUGAUUGAACACAGAAAACGUUGGACAAUCUUCUUCCAGUUGUCCCAGUUUGAGUGUCCGCACCGAAAAUGACCGACCUCAUUUGGAAUGGAAAAGGAGAUUUCAAGUAAUUUGAUUUGCGAAUCAUGACGUAUAAUCUGAUUUCGUUUCUACUUUUAACAUAUAUAACUGAUUAUUAUUGUUAUUGUUUUCUAAAAAAGGGGACAAACAAAAUUCCGCCUGACACUGAGUCAUUCGAGCGUGACAACUGAAGAGAUAGAAAGUGGGAUUAUUGAAUGGCCUCUGCCCCCUGUCUUGACACUAAACAGUUGGAAAACAGUGGGACAAUCCAUUAGCAUCACUGAAGUGCUCAACAGUACCACGAUGGUGAUUUUUAAGGUUAUAAAGAGAUAAAGUUGUUGAUUCUGCGUUAUAUUGACACAUCAAAUUAUGAAUAAAUACGGCAUUUCAUUGGCCCCAUGUUAGGGAAUCCAACACAGCCUUGGAUUCUAGAUUCCACUCCAUAAAUUCCGGAUUCUAGGUACUGGAUUCCAGUCAGUGGAACUUGGAUUCUGGUUUCCAAUCGUUUGUGGGAUUCCGGAUUCCUUGAGCUGUAUUCUGGAUUCCAAAGCCCAGGAUUUCGGACUCCAGAAGCAAAAUUUUUCCGGAUUCCGGAAUCCGAAUUCCUUUACAUGGGGCGACCAGUACUAAAAACGUACUUGCUGAUUCCAGGUUUUGACUCAUUUCAACGCUGUUAUUCCAAACGUUUUACUCGCUCAGAGAAAAGCUGUGACUCCCUGCUUAGCGCUAUAUAAUUGUUUCGUUUUUAUCACCUUAAACUAUGAAUUGAAGAGUAUUUAGGUCCUGCCUUGUUUUCCUCGAAUUUUUCUUUAUUACUACAUGCUUAAUUGAUACAACUGGAAUUUUUGCUUUGUUUUUGAAAAAUUUCUUGGCUUCCGUGACUUUAGACCUGAACGUUUAAGUCACGUUGAUUCCCUGGGACGAAGAAUUUGUUGAAAGGUCUAACACUUAUGACGCACAUGUAUUUUUUUCUUGUUACGUUACCUUUUCAGUUUGGACCUAUGAAGUUUUGGGAGACGAUCGACCUGGAAGUAACGUUCGACAUUGGUUUGCACAAGAGAAGAGCCGAUGGCAAAGUACAUGAUUUAACCACUCAUGUAAACGUCAAGUACAAUGGGUCAGUGGGAACAUGCAGCUCGUUCUCAGGCUCUCGCGAGUUCACUAACGACGGGCCAGCCACAGUUUCUGUCAAGUAUUAUGUCCCACGUAAGUUUGAAACGAGCUGCCAGUAAAGCCUCAAUCCUUAAUGGGGGUAUUUGCUAUUCGCUUUUACCAAGAAUCAACUCGAGGGUUAAUAGGCAGGGUAGUGUAACUGGAUAUCAAAAUUAAAACAGUAAACUUAUCGUUAGGGCAGGAAGAGUGAUGGAAAAAAAUAGAGAAGAAAACAAAUAUAAAGAGGUGAAUUUGAUAUCAGUACCCGUUAUUGUAGGAAAAUACCGCUGGGCAAGCUAAUAAUUAACUCGAAUGAAGGGUUCCUUAUAAGGAAAUUAAUGCGAAAGACUAAACCAAAGGCUAAUAUUUCCAGAUGAAGACAAUUAAAACUUUAAUUCCACAAUUCGAAAAAAGUACUCAGUUUUGCACCUUGCCAAAUAGUGACUCAAAAUAUUUUUAAAAACUUUCUUAAAUGUAAACUAUGAAAUGAAAGUGUUAGACAAUUACUCUCAGUUCUUAGCUAUGCCAUUGAUGUUUCCUUUUUUGCUAUUUUGUAGUGGGUUCAUGUGACCAGGCCCUUGGUAUGAAGGAUGGGAGCAUUGCUGAUUCCCAGAUCACUGCUUCCUCAUAUGCUAUGGGCGGGGAACCACAUGAGGGAAGACUGAAUGGCAACAAAACUUGGAUACCUUAUGGCCAGCUUGCGUAAGUCAAAUGUUGAUUUGUAGACCCUGAAGUGCGUCUUUUGAUUAUUCGAAGUGAAGUUUAGCAGUAAGACUUAAUUGAUUGUAAAAAUGAUUGGAAGUUAGGGCAGACUGAAAACGGAGCUGAGGGAAGGCGGGGAAGGUAGGCCGGGUAGGAGUUGAUAAAACGAACGAACGGUCAAGCGAACAGACGAACUGGGGAACAUAUUAGGCAGAUUGUGAGAAAAAUAUGGACCAGGAAUGAAACGUUGGGGGAAGAAGUGUAGAUUCAUUGUAGGAUAGACCGAUAAGUAAGUUCGAAUAAUGGUACUCGGAGAUUUAGAAUUUUACCUGAUUAAUCAUAAGUGAUUUUCAAUUUCUUUUUCCUACAGGCAGGCAAAACACCAGUAUCUUGAGGUUAAUUUUACUUGCAAAGUCAAGAUUAAUAGGCUUGUCACAAAGGGUCACGGAGAAAACUACGUCAAGAGUUUUUUCCUGUUUUACAGCAAAGAUGGCGUUAUUUUUAAACCUUACAAGCUGGGCAGCAAAAACAUGGUAAGCGAACUUCCCUGGGAUGACCUUUUUAAUAAUAAAAUUCUAAUAAUCCAGUUUGAGAAUGUUUGUCCGCCGCGAGGUGGAUUGGAUGGCUUUCACUUCUUACACAAAUCGCUACCGUGCGAUUCCAUGAGUGAACACAGUUAUGUAAAGACUGACCCCUCCGCUGAAAGUAAAUCAUGUAAUUUACUCCUUUUAGUUGUCCACUGAAACAAAUGCUGAAAUAUUUUUUGCAAUGAUCGUCUCAGUAAAUACGUAGACAUUGUUUUCUCGGUGAGUAUACUAGGAGGAGAAAUACUUUGCAACUGAAUUUUGUUGUUCCAUGCUGCUUUAUCAUGACACUAGAAUAUUGUAAGAAAACAUCGUUAGGCAAAUUAAAGCAAAACAAAGUCAAACCUCUCAACAUCUGAAGGCGUUUAUCCCUUAACUAUCCCACUAUCCCAUUAAGUAUUUUUGAAAAGAUACAAGUCUAACUAAGACCUGUAUCUGUCAACGAAGAAAAAAAACACGUGCCUUUUGCAAAUACCAUCUUUGCAUGCUGGCCUUCAGCGCUAACUGUCGGCAAUCUACACCUGUAUAGAGUUAAUUAAAACUUUCUUCAUGCAUGCACCUUCAAUGAACACUCAAGUUUUUAUUUUUGUACUAAUUGUUGCUGCUGCUUGUUUACUUUAGGUUUUUCCCGCCAACACCAAUGGUAACAAUCCAGCGGUCAUUAUCCUACCGGUGCCCAUAGAGGCAGUGGCUGUCCGCGUUAGCCCUAAUGACUGGGAAAACAGCAUUGCCCUUAAACUGGAGUUUUACUGAUGUAACCUGAUUUGCCCUUUUACUCCAGGUAAGGAGAAUGUUUCUGUUCCCUUGUCGUGUUACUACCCACAUUUACUUAUUAUUAUUAUUAUUAUUAUUAUUAUUAUUAUUAUUAUUGUGUCAAACAAAAUUCUCUGAUUUGAUUGGUUCGUAGCCCUUAUCUAUUGCUUAAUUUUGCUGAUGCAGUGCCAGCUGAGUACUGUCCAAUUUGACCUGUCCAUGUAGAAGCUGCUUGCACUCAGACAUGUCAAAUCGGAAAGUUGAACAGCCACUGAAAAUCGAGCAUCAAAUGUUGUUAGCCCGGCAGUAAGGCUAAUGUUUAACUAAUUAGUCCAUGCUGACCAACCAAAACCAGGAAAACAUUAGUAAGCAAGUUUUUCAGUUCUGUUUGACACAUUCAUGUUUUUACAAAAUGUAUUAUGAAUAGAAAAUGUCGUUGGAGCUCCAUAUUACGAAAUGUUGUAAGCCAUUGUUUUGGCUUUAGAAGCUGUAAACCGAUCUACUAAGAAGAUCGUAUUUUCAUGUUAAAAUCUCAAGAUUCUCGCACUUGUUAUUGACACAAACAUUGUUAAUAGGACUUCGUGUCAUACAUUUCAGGGAAAUCAAAUUCGUAAUUUCAAUUCGUACACGCGCUACAAAUAGUAGCAAACGAUUGGAAAUACAAAUAGUUCAAUACUUUCAAACCUUCCAGCGACCUGCCAUGCAAAACGCCAAGGUUCUGCAGUCGCUUAUGGAAGUGGUCGAUUACGAGAAGUUCCAGCUUUAUUGCUUUGGUAGCUAAAAACGCAGUUUGGAAAUUUGGAUUAGCUAGAUGGGUGGUCGCGCAGCCAGGGGAAGUUCGACUGUAAUAUAUUUAGUUUAAAAGAAUAAUAAUUUACAAGAAGUUGUAAUUUUAUUCAUGCAGGACCGUUGAAGUUUACCAGUCGUGGAUAUCUAUUGAACGAACGCAACGACACUAUGUACGCUUGCAGCCUUUCUCUGGAGAGGUAAGUGACUUAGAAAUGAACUUCUCCUCACCAUUAACUCGAAGUAGGUUUCGAGUUUUUAAACAGUGAAUUACAUCAGUGUUUCUAUAAUUCUGUGUUUUCACUCACGUGGCCAGAAUCUAUGCAAAUUUAUUGGAACAAAGCGUUUACAUAAGAAAAGAGUUCCACUCCCACGGGACCGGUUUGGGACACAAACAUGGCCGCCAUGACGUCAUGCGAAAACACACAAUAGUAACACAAAGUACAAGUCUAUUAUUUCAGUGUGACAGUGCAGCCAAGAGGUCAGUGCGAUAUGGGGAACUGCUUGAUGAGUAUAGAAACUAACUUAACAGAAAUAAAGACGCUUUAUGAUUAGCCUGCGCCAUAGACGAAACUGAACUCAGGUUAACUCGGGUCCGUCUGCGAGACAGCCAUGAUUGGCCUGUUAAAAAAGAGAUUGUCGAUUUGCCAAUCAGUUUGAAAAGAAAUUCGAAACGCAUUUCCCAUAAUUCGUUGGAUUCUCGUUGGGACCCAGAACAAGAAUUUCGGCGCUGCUCAGUCGCAGACGGUUACUAACUGGGGUUAAAUUACGUAUGCGACGCAGGCGCUUAAUGACUCCUCGAUCAUUUUUUAAACAAUUUUCUUGUUUUUACCAUGUUUCUUAGCUGCAAAAGGGGAUCUUCUACCUGUUUCUUCAGCAUUGACAGAGGUGCCUCAUGGACAGGUAGGAGUCUUAAAAGACUGCAGCAGGCUUCGUUGUUAUGCUCUCUAAAUGCAUGUGUAAUUUCUUUUAUAUUCCCUUUUCUGCAACCUAAGUUAUGCCCUACCGACCACCUAAAACUUUCUCAGUCAAAUCUGGUUUUAUCCUGACCGAGUUGAAAAGUAAACCCCAUAAGUAGAACGAAUAAGGUCUUUCCAAACUCCAGCGCACACAAAAUACUCCAAAAAUUCGAGUGAGAUCUAUCACUGUCUUCCGCCUCGUCUUAUGAUCGAGGCUUAGUUUCCAGCCGUGGGUGUCUCGAUGCGCUUGCGGUACGUACUCCCCACUCUACUUGUAGUAGUAGUAGCAGCCGUCAGUUUUAUUUCUCUCUGUAGGCUAUACAUGUUUAUAGAAACAGAUAAUUCAUUGAUUAAGAACUAACUAAAGAGAAACAGGACAAAAAUAGUGAAACUAAUACGUUGCCCUAGUAGAUGGAAUAAUAUAAAAUAUUUCUAAUUAAGUGGAUACAUUGGAUAUUUCGUGAUUCCACGGAGUUAAAAUGCUAGUGGCCAUCUUGCUGUCGCGUUGCCCCUUUAUGACCCUGUCGGUUACUAAUGUACUGCCCCAACCCAGAUUUUCGCGGUCAUAAAGAAGCAUUUAAGAAUAAACCGCGUCGGGAUUAACUCAGUUAGUAGAGCACUUGACUGUAGAGCGCAAGAUCACAGGUUCGAUUUCCGGGGCCGGAACAAUACUCAGAAAUAAUAUCUGCAGAAAAAUGAAGGUACUUCCUUUUCCAAACGGCCAAGCCUUGGCGUGACUCGGAUGACCACAUUAAAUGGCGUUCCCGUCUCUAGCACGAGAUUGAAAGACAGUGUCUUCAAAGAGCACUUUCAAGCUAAAUACAGUGACACUCAAAUAAAUUAAUACAACUAGCCCUGCUCGUUACCACGCUUUCUAAUUGGUUUACUUGUGACUUCGAAAAUCUACUUUUCACGAGAGCUAUAAAACUGUUCAAUUCAUUGAACAUCUAGAAGGCUUCCACUUUGGGAGGUUAACCGUAUCACUCCAGAAAAAAUGGCAAAUGAAGAAAGAAAAUUAUUGCCUGUCAAAAGUUCUGCGAAAGAGAUAUUAUUUGAAUGAUAACAGAUGCAGAGGUUAAAGGGAACCUCCACUUCAACAAAAAGAUAACUUUAAAUCACAGGAAAUAACUGUUACAGUCAAGUCAAUCUAAAAUAUUUUUAAAGAAAGCGUUUGUAUCUGAAAGAAAUAACUUUUAGAUUCGCCUAUUUUUGUUUUCAAAUUUUGCGGGCGUCGCCAUCUUGAAUAAGUGUGACGUGUAAUGGUUGCCCUAUUGUUAUUAAACAAAAGCUCUUUGUGUCAGAACAAUAGAGCAACCGUAACACGUCACAAUUAUUCAAGAUGGCGGCGCCCGCGAAAUUUGAAAGUGAAAAUAAGCGAUUUUAAAAUUCACUUUUCCUGAUAUAAACACUAUUUUUAAGACAAAUUUCGAACAAAUUUGUUUAUCAACAUAAUUUUACUCGAUUUAAACUUAUUCUGUAGUAAGAGUGGAGGUUCCCUUUAAGAUGACAAUCAUCUCACCAGAGCUCAGUUUAAAUGGUCAAAAAUAAAAUAUUUAUUCUAUUGUAAAAUACUUAGAUUGUUCACAGUCCCUAUUCUUAAAGUGUUCAAACGAAAAUUAAUCAGUGUGCUCUUCGAAAUAUUAAAAGACAAAGAUGAUUACCUUGAUGCAACCAUGAUAACACGAGAAAUAAAAUCGCGAAAUCCUAAACCUUAGCCUCUUUCACAGGUUGCAUUAAACAGAUUUGUCUUUCUUGCUUUUGAAUUCAUUACACAUAUUUCUUCUUUUCUUUUUCUUUGGUUUUUACCCAUUAUAAUAUAUUUGUAAUAGAAUUUGAAAUAGAAUUAAUUUGGCACGCCUCGACUAGCGUUUUCUUGCUAACUGCGUGCCAAAAAAUUGUACUUGUAAUAUUAUGAUAAUAAAUGUCUUGUCUUGUCUUGUCUUGUCUUCCGUAAGAUCGUCCAGAAUCGAGAUCGAAGGCUUUGCGUUACGGGUGUCCAUCUUGGAUUAGUGUCAAAUCAGAUAUAAACCCCGACGCCCGCCCUCUCGGUAGAUAUGAAACCAAGAUGGCCCCCGUCCCGAUAUUACAGGGGCGGAUCCAGAAAAUUCAGAAAAAGGGUGACCGGGACACUUGCCCACUUGCUAUCUAGAUACUUUUUAUUUAUCUGGGAGUUCUAUAAAAAUAAAACAAAAUUUCAAGGAAAAAGGGGUGGCCGCGACCCCCUCGGCCCACGCCUAAAUUAGCCCUUGUUAUAAAGCGCUCGAUCCUGACGAUCUUACGAAAAAUUAGGUCACUGCAAACAGUCUAUAAAAUACUGGGACAACUUAUGCUGAUUUUAUUUAAUACAAUCCCAAUCACUUUUCCCUCCUUUUUUUCACAGCAAUGCAUCAUAGCGUACUUUCACUCCUCGGAUAUGAUGUUGCGGUUGGCAACUGGUACGGCGUUAGCAAGGAUGGGAACGCGAUCGUGAAAAGUUCUUCUCAUUCCUCCAAGUUCAUUGGUGCCGCAUUGAGUGAGUGGGAUGCCGCGAAAGUAAAGGAUACCACAAUUCCUGCUGAAAUGAUUGAAAAUCACUGGGCUAUCACCAAUAGCACCCUGAAUCCACAUAUUGUGCGUGAUUCCGAUGCAAACACCAAGUGGGGAGGUCAGUAUAUUAAUGCCCGGUGCUUCAACUGAAUCAGAGAGAAUUAUUUCCCUGGUAUUACCAAGUCUCUGACAACUGCUAUUUGGUCAACGCUGAGUCCUCUUUUCUCGAUUUGGUAAGCUAUUCCCUGAAUAUUACUAAAAUGACUACACCUCCUUGUUUUUAAUUCCAGUGUCUGCUAAAGGCAUUCACGUGCAAGAGUCGUCAAUCUGGAAGCUGAAGGCGGUUUGGAUGUGCUCUGGUCCGUAUUAAAAUGGCUCAUUUACCUUUCUGUAACAAGAAACACGUACCUUACUCAAAAGUUACUGUUGAAAGUGAAUAUAUGUUAACACGUAAUAAACCAUAGCAUACAGCCCACCAAAGACGUACGCUUUCCAAUGUAGGGUGCUUUCGAUUGACCAUAUAUCAGGAAUAGGAAUACACCGUUAGACUAAUCCUGAAUACCCGUUUGUUUGACUCUUUUUAUUUCAAAUUCGGACUCAGUAAGUGGAAUGUAUUCCACACAUUCUGCUGCGGGGAGCAGAAUGACGGCAUUUCUCUGCGUCGCACUGGGGGAGUGAUUCACAAAUAACUUGCAAAGAAAAACACUUAGCGGACUUCGUUGUUGAAAAUUAACCAUAUUUAAAUCUAACAAAUACGAGACACUCAGCAGAAAAGGGUAAUUGCUGAAGCAGAAAAGAAAAUCUUUGCCAUAUUUCCUUAAAUGACAGACUGACGUGAAAGCGUAAUUGUUCAAGAAAUUGUUCAGUCGGUAUAAACCCUCCAUUGCGAACAGCUUUCUCGGGCUUCUUGAAUAUAACAUUCAGCCAACUGUCUUUUCUUUUUCUGUUUUUCAAUUUCUUUUUUUUAUGUAAUAAGCUCAAUCGAACGCACCCUUAAUCAUUUGAUAUUGUAACUAGAUGAUAUUAGCUAAAAGGCAAUAGAUUAUUUUACAGUAUUGUGCGCCUAGUACGCCAGCCUUUAAGAGAAAGCUAGAUUGGAACUGGCCUUGUUUUGAUACGAACCCUCCCUGCUAUUAAAACUUGUUUACUGCAAACUCCUCUAGAUUAGAAUAAAAGCCCAAUCCCACUUUUUUCAUAGUAUUCGUUUAGUUUUGGUGUUUUAACUCAACACACCCUGUUCCUUAUCGAUGUUGCAGUGCGAUCUUUAGGAUUAAACGGGCACGCAUUUUCAGGGACCCAUGGGCAGUAAGCCGGGAGAUUGGCAAAAAUAGGCGCAAUUUUUAAAAGACUGCCGUCAUGUUUUUUCUCUCGCCUCUAACCGAACGACUGCCCCACGGUUAAUAGGAUCUGGUAUCUGGUCAUAACUUUGUCAAAACUGUGAACUAGAUUUUCUUCUUCAAGAAAAUUUGCUGUAAUUAACUCUAAGAGGUAAAUUCUAAAGGAAUAUAAAAGAACGGGGACGCAAUAUCAGAACUUGGAGAAGUUAGGCUAAUCUUUUGGUGGCUGUAUUUAUCAUUUUUCUAACAUAAUCGUAAUUUUACGCCUUAAGGGCUUAAUUCUUUGACUUUUAUUAGUCUUAGUAGUAGUAGUAAAAAAAAAAACAAAACCAAGAAAAAACUUUGUUACUCAGUUACUAGUGGCUUAGUAUGGAUUUUAACAGUGCAGUUUUUUGACCAAGGAUUUUGUCGCUUAGUUCUUAGUUAAGUUGUUGAUUUGUUUUCUUCCAACAAUCAGAAGUGACCAUAAUUGUCUUUUGAAAGUAACAGAGUAGUUAUGUAGGCGUGAUGAUCGACAUGUUCUUUUAGAAGAAAAUUCAGUGUUUAUUUAAUCUUUUUUAAACUCACGUUUCAGGCGCUGGUGAGUGAUUCCGAGUCAUUGUGAAGUUGUUAGUAUGACAUUAAAAAGUGCUCACUAAACUC